GCCUUUUGCACAGCUCCGGAGUGGUUGCAAACAGUGCUGUUGGCUUUUCAUUAGAGCGGGGAAUUAUUUACGGAUUACCUUUGUAUUACAACGAAUUAUUAUGUCAUAACCUUUGUUACGUAUGAUUUUAAAUGGGCUAUUUUUUUUAAUCCUAUGUAUACUGCACGGUCAUCAGCGCUCAUCGCGUGUGUUUUAGUAAUUUCCUGUAAUCAUGAACGCAACAGCCGUCAUAAAUCCAACAUGGCGACAUACAUGGUCGCCUGUUCCUCUGCUAGGAGCAUUACAAAGUUCGUUUUGACGCCGGUGGUGUGCAAUUACUCCAAGCGGGAUGUGCUCUUAAUAGUUCCCCGUCGCUGUUCUCAUCGGAGCAGCUUGUAUGAGCAUGUUCGUGAAGGGUACAGUGACAAGCCGGAGCUGGACAUGAGAGCCGUGUGCGACGAGACCGACAAAGUCAUCGCCAAUGUAGAGAGCAGGAAGGGAGAGCUGUGCGGCCAAGAUGUCAAGGAAAUUGUGCGUGUGUGGCAGCAGCUGCAGGCAGUACGGUCGGAAAUCGCUCAACUGGAACAGCAGAAGCAGUACAUAAGUGGAACCGUCAGAGCCUUAGUGGCAAAUCACAGAAAGCAAGCGCUCGACAAUCUUCCGGAGUACAACCAGGCACUGCUGAAAGGUCGAGAGGUCCGUAAAAGACUCAACAAUCUCUAUCCCAGAGAGGCUCAGCUGGACCAGGAACACUAUAGCCGAGCACUUCGUCUGCCCAACUCCACACACCCUGAUGUUCCCAUUGGAGAUGAGACCCAAGCUAAGGUAGUGGAGCUGGUUGGUCAGAAACCUGAAUUUGACUUUAAGCCCAGAGGUCAUCUCGAACUGGGGGAGCACUUGGGUGGUCUCAUCAGACAGAGGCAUCUUGCUCACGUCUCAGGUCACAGAUCUUACUAUUUGAGGGGAGCCGGGGCCAGACUUCAGAUCGCGCUCCAAAACUUUGCACUUGACACACUGCAACGCCAUAGCUUCAUUCCUAUGGUUGUACCCGACAUGUUGAAGGGUGCUGUGUUUGAGGGAUGUGGCAUGCAGCCUAAUGCCCAUCGCUCUCAGGUCUACUCACUGGACCCAGCUCGUUUCCUGGACCUAAACCUGGCUGGGACUGGAGAAGUUGGAGUGGCAGGUUAUUUCAUGGAUCACGCAGUUAAUUUUAAGGAUCUACCUGUCAGGACAGUGUGCAGUAGUACAUGUUACAGAGCAGAGACGGACACAGGGAGAGAGCCCUGGGGCCUUUAUAGAGUUCAUCACUUUAAUAAGGUGGAGAUGUUUGGAGUAACGGCAGACGAGACAGGGGAGGAGAGUGCGCAGCUUUUGGAGGAAUUUGUUUCUUUGCAAAAAGAAAUAUUCUCUGCGCUGGAGCUACAUUACCGCGUGUUGGACAUGCCAACACAGGAGUUGGGUGCUCCAGCAUAUAGAAAAUAUGACAUUGAAGCCUGGAUGCCCGGGAGGAAUAGUUAUGGCGAGAUUUCAAGUGGGUCAAACUGUACCGACUACCAGAGCAGACGCCUCAACAUCCUGUAUGAGAGAGAGGAUGGGAGCCUGCAGUACGCCCACACAGUGAAUGCUACGGCAUGCGCCAUCCCCAGAACAAUCAUUGCCAUCCUGGAGACCCACCAAACCAAAGAAGGAUCAGUGCACGUGCCCAGAGCCUUGCAACCAUAUUUGGGUCUUGAAGUGAUUGAGAAGCCAGAGUGGACUCCUCUGAAGUACAUUGGUCCCAACCAGCCCAGUCGGCCACCCAGACAUACUCCUGCAAUUAUGUCCCAUCAGCCUGGGGAAAACCAAGAAGCGGUAUUACAAAAGUAACAGUUUAAGUCAUGAUCACUUUUUGCUGUAAUGCUGUAUCUCAGUCUUUUAAGUCUUCUUUUUUUUCCUGGACAUGGCUCUUUUCCAGGACCCGUGUAUUUUUAAUUUUAAAUUAUGCAGUACAAUUACAGUACAAUAAUAACUUUUUUAAAAAGUGUCUUUUUAUAUUGUAAGGGAUUAGACAUGGUCGAGAGAAUCAUGGUGAGAGUAUUUGCCUGAAAAAUGUUCAAUAAAAAAAUAAUGUAUAAUAUCCAAAA